CAGUAAAAAACUGGUGUGUGUCUUCGACGGAAGUUACAUCGAAGAAGUAAAGGACUGUUUGCAAUUACAGUAAAGACUAGUUGCAAUUAGGUCACUAGAGGUCCAUAGAAGUUGGAAUCUACGAGAAGAAACAAGGCUUGGAACUUUGCAUGGCACGUAAGAGUGCAUGAGAAAACUCCAAGAAAGUGUUUGCUUUAUCAAGAGAGAUCUAGUGAAAGUUGUGCAGAACAAAGGGUUUCUUGAGCUGAGAAAUCUUAUCUGCUAGCCGUGCUGAUCGCUUGACAUGUAGGAAUGCUGACUUGAUUAAUGACCUCGCCCACGAGAGAAGCAGCAGAACCCUCCUGCACAAGGGAACCUUACCGUAAAACAGCUAAUUGAAGCAACUUCGGUUUUGGAGGUAAAGAUUUCAGUAUUUCCGAGCACAAAAGCCAUUUCAGCAACACAUAGACACUGUGUUGAGAAAAACCCAUAGGAUCAUAGCAUACAAAGGCUCCCAUACGGACAUUUGGGAGAAGUUUAGUCGUACAUGAUUGACAGGCCAGAUGGCUUAAGCAGAUGUGAAGGUCAUACUUCCACACACACUGCUAGAAGACUACCGUAAGUCUGCAAAUUCAAGAAGGACUAUUCCACCUAAAGGCGGUAAAAUGAGGAACUGUCAAGUGCAAGACCAUUGAAUAUCAUUGUAUUGUGCGGCACACUUGAACACACAGGUUCAACAGCAAACUAAUCGGAACUGUUGGAAAAGAUUUGUAGUUUACGAGUACACUUACUGGAAGCUACAUGAUUGACAUGGCAAAAGGUGCCUGUUAGGCUAGAAGAAAUUCUAGAGGCCUGUGCUGAAUCAGACAGGAGAACUGUGGAAUACCGUAAGGACUCAAAUAAAGGAGUACAAAUUAAACAGUUGUAAUUAGGCCUCUCGCAGCGAAAAAUUGGAGCCAUUUGGAAAUGGCUGAUAAGAAGUCAGAGGAGGACCGCUCUACAGUCAGAGAAGACAGACAUGUAGAGGAGGAAACAGAAGGUUUACAAAAACGAGUACCUAAGAAAGCUGACUGGGUCAGUGAAGAAGAAAGUAGAAGAAAGAAGACUCACAGAUCGACAGUUCUGGGCCGACUAACGCACAAAUCAAACGUGCUAAAAUCGUUAAUGGAACGGAACGACUUAUCGGAGGUACAGAAAGGUAUGGAAGAGUGGCAGAAGGCCUACUGUGACCUUGAAGAGGCCAGUGGUGAUUACCAGACCACUCUAGAUGCAGAUCAGCUGAAGGAAGACACAGAGAAAUGGGUAGGACCACGCUUUGCAGAGUUAGAUCAGUUCAGAGACAGGGUCCAUGAGUGGAUUAACCUGACUUCAGAGAAAGAAGAAGAGACGGGCAUCAAACCGUCCGACAGUGUGUCACAAGCAUGCUCGCAAAGUUCCAGUGUUGCCUCAAGCGCUAGGCUGAGAGCAGAAUUAAGAAGGGCUGAGUUGAGGGAAAAGGCGGCUGCCUUGGACCAGAAGAUGAAACUGCAAGAGAAGGAGUUCCAAAUAAAAAGAGAAGAGAUGGAGCUCAGAAGGCAGCAGGAGCUGCUAGAGGUUAGAACCGAAAUGGCACAAGAGGAGGCCAAGCUCAAGGUUAUUGACAACUUUGAGGCAUACGGUCAGCCAAAGCCAAGGAUCCGCCUACCUUUUGAGCCGCCAACUAGUGAGCAUCAAAGGGAAAGAAGUGACCAGUUCAGGACGGCCCCGACAGUGAAGGAGGAGCCCUAUCAAACAUCCCUGAACCCGGAAGCAGCUAGCUUCACAAUGACAAAUCGUAGCGACAGGGAAAAACAGAAUUCCCCGACACCAGAAGAAUUCCUUCAAGGUCUGGUAAACCAACAAGCAGAGGUUACCAAGUUAAUGAUGGAACAUAACAAGAAAAGCAGCUUGCCAACAAGGGCAAUUAUUUCAUUUGAAGGCGACCCCCUGAGCUAUACCCAGUUUAUAAAGGCAUUUAAGCAUGCCAUAGAGGAUAAAACACAGGACCCAGAAGACAGGCUUCAUUAUCUGGGGCAGUAUACCAGGGGAGAAGCCAGGGAGUUGGUAACAAGUUGCGUCCUGAUGGACCCCGAAGAAGGCUUUAAAGAAGCAAAGAGAUUGCUAGAGGAACGGUAUGGUACGCCAUUUAAAGUAUCACGGGCGUAUGCUGAAGAGGCAAAGAGAUGGUCGGAAAUCAAGCAUGAUGACAAGCCUGCCUUGAGGAAGUUCAGUCUCUUCCUUACAAAAUGCCUGAACGCAAUGAAGGGAGAUCAGUAUCUCCAAGAGCUGGACCACUACACCAACAUCGCUCUCUUGGUCGGAAAACUUCCUUACCGACUGAAGGAAAGAUGGCGACGUAAGUCGCACGACAUCCAACGGCAAGGAAGGGUUAAGUUCAAGGACUUAGUAGACUUCGUCAAACAAGAAGAACAAGUAUCAUCGAAUGACAUAUUUGAUGACAAGUCAGCCAAGGAGUCAUUCAAACGAAAUCCAGGAACCCGUUACCAAAGGGACCGAGCAAAGGCUCUAGCCUGGCGCGUCAGUGGAUGUGUAAAGCAUUCGAGCAGGGAGGGUGUGCCGUCCAUCAUUCCCGUAGCAGUACGCAGCAAGAAGUCAGGAAAGACUGUGCAGACCUAUGCACUCCUCGACAACGGAAGUGACGUAGUGAUCUGUACAGAAGCCUUGAAAAGGCAGUUGAAGUCAAAAGGAAGAGAAACUAAGUUGUCCCUCAGCACCAUAAAUGGCACCAAAGAGGUGAAAAGCGAAGUAUUGGGCGACUUGGAAGUGCUGGACAUGGAAAGGAAUAAUUGUAUUCCGAUCCCUACCGCCUACGUGCAGGAGAAGAUACCAGUUUCCAAGGAACGCAUUAUCUCGACAGAGGAUCUAGAGGCUUGGCCGUACCUCAGGGAAGUAGAGAUGCCCAAAAUUAACGCAGAUAUUGGCUUGCUGAUUGGUAACAACGUGCAGAGCGCCAUGGAGCCAUGGCGUAUUAUCAACAGUCAAGAAGGGGGACCUUACGCAAUCAAGACAUUGCUGGGAUGGUCCGUUAAUGGUCCUCUCAUGGGGGCCAGUGAUGGGAAGAUGGCAAGUGUCAACCGGAUCAGUCUCGAACAGCAGUUGACCCAGUACUUCAACAACGACUUCAACGAGAAGAUUGAAGACAAGAAAGAGAUGUCUGUAGAAGAUCAAAGGUUCAUGAACAUCAUGUCAGAAGGGACGAAGAAAGAAGAGGGUCACUAUCAAGUACCUCUACCCUUCAGAAACAGCAGACCAGUUCUACCAAACAACAAGUCAGUUGCCCUACAAAGAGCAAAACAUCUGCAGAAGAAGAUGUCCAAAGACGAGAAGUUCAAGGAAGACUAUGUACAGUUCGUGCAAACUGUGAUAGAAAGAGGAUAUGCGGAAAAGGUGCCAUCAGAAGAAAUGGAAACGGAAGAUACAAAUGGUGGCAAAGUGUGGUACAUACCCCAUCAUGGAGUGUACCAUCCACAAAAGAAGAAGAUAAGAGUCGUCUUCGACUGUGCCGCACCGUAUGCAGGCACAUCCCUGAACAAAGAGCUACUACAAGGUCCAGACCUGACCAGUACUCUGGUUGGCGUGUUGACCCGAUUCAGGCAAGAGCCCGUGGCCUUGAUGGCAGACAUAGAAGCAAUGUUCUCCCAAGUCAAGGUACCAGUAGAAGACAGAGACUACCUACGUUUCCUUUGGUGGCCAGAAGGCAACUUAGACAAGCCACUACAAGAGUACCGGAUGGCAGUACAUGUAUUUGGGGCGACAUCUUCGCCAAGUUGUGCAAGUUUUGCGUUAAAGAAGUUGGCUGAGGACGGAGAAGGCCGAUACACAGAAGAAGUAUUGGAAUCAAUCCGGAACAACUUCUACGUUGACGACUUGCUCAAAUCUACCUCCACAGUCACAGAAGGAGGACAUUUAGCCAAGGACAUGCGGGAAGCAUGUAAAGAAGGAGGAUUCAGACUUACCAAGUGGGUAAGCAACAGUCGAGAGGUACUCAAGACCGUACCAGUAGCAGAGAUGUCAGAAGAAGUUAGGGACCUGAAUCUCGACCUUGACACAAUGCCAGUGGAACGCACAUUGGGCAUGCUAUGGAAUGUGCAGACAGAUACCUUGGGCUUUCGCAACGUCGUAAAAGACAAACCGGCGACCAAGAGGGGAAUUCUGUCUACAGUAAGCUCGAUGUAUGACCCCCUAGGGUUGAUUGCUCCUGCCACGCUGCAACCCAAACUGCUCUUACAAGACCUGUGCAGGGAAGGGACAACUUGGGAUGAGGAGAUUCCA